GCAGACUCGUAACUCGUAACAGGCGUUACUUAAAGAAGAGGCGAACACCAUGCAUGGAUAUCUCAUCAAAUUCUUGCUUUUAGCUUCUGUAUAUGCAUCAACAGCGGGCUCGGACCUCCCCUCAUACGGCUGUUACGCCGAGCUCAGUGUGGGCUCCUUCAUUCAGGGCGACACCCUGAAGGAACAGCGGGCCCGAUCACUCUCCGACUGCGCCUCCAAGUGCGUGGAAAACGCCCUCUGUGCCUCCUCCUACUUCUGCGCCUCGAACAAAACGUGCGUUCUCAGCGGCAUAAGCAAGAGCGUGUUGGAGACGUACAGUACGCCGGCGGCAUUGGUGCUGAAUGACUCCGAUUGCACUUUGGUCACCUACGAUGCCUGCUCCGGCACUGGAUUCAGCUCAGUAAACAUGUGUGAACUGGUAACCUGUCAAAACAACGGCACAUGCGUUAAUACGACUGGAUUUAGAGGCUUCUACUGCGCAUGCCCAAACUAUUUCUCCGGCAGAUGGUGCGAAAUUCAGGGAGUCGAAGAAGUCACUGUCGUCAUAUCUCCGUCUUCAACAUCUGCAGUGGCAAUGGCAGCUACUGCAAACACGGCAGAAGCCACUAUGAGCGCACUCGGGUACGGAUCUUCCUCGGAGUCGAUGACAAACGAGAGUUCGCCUGCCAGCGACGAGAUCUCCUCCACGCCAUGAGCACCAUUUUAUCGGGCUCUCGUAAUCUGGGACGAGACCUAUUUCACGUAAUUAACCCCGCAACGUUUUAUAAUCAAUGAUUUACUUUUGAUGAUGCGUAAUUGUUACGCUAUAUGGACCAUAACCGGACACUUAACUGUGUUGUGCUGAUUGUAACAUGGUCAUUGUCGUCAAGCGUUUUUUUUUUAUUCUUUUUAUUGUCACUUCCACGGUAGCAUACGACAAGAAGCAACCACUUUGCAUGACCAGCUCUGUAA